GGGAUAAGAGGGAAGGAUAAUGGGAUGAGCGUUAUGUUUCCUUCGUUCCCCUUUCGAUUCUGUUCUAUAUUUCUAGGAACUAUUUUGCCUCCGUCAAGGGAUCCCCGAGAUAUCUAUCUAUAGUUCUUUUCCUGUCUUUUUUUGAUGUUUUUUCCUGUUUCUAUUUAUUACUUGAGUCUGGUGGGAUUGAUGAUUAGUACGUACAUACAUCCCCUGCUCCUUUUUCCUCUUCUUAUUUUGUUUUCUUUUCCCCUUCAAUUAUCCGAAUUUUCAAGCGGUCCAGUUGGAAAUGGUUGGAUUGAUGCAGAUCAUCACGACCAUCCCUCUGCCAUGAUUGGCAAGGCGAGUCAUGGCCAAGUCGGACAAUUCACUGAUUUCCCUUCUACUCCUGCAGAAAUGGAGGAAUUAUUGGGAUUCUGCAUGGAUGACCUGGAUUUUAGGGCCAUAUACUAUUGUUUGAUCCAACCACUUGGACUAUGUAUAUACAUACAAGGUAUAAUUAUAAGUAUAUUCUAUACAAGGGGGAGGGGGGGUCAGUGAAG